CUGAGAUAGAGCGAGUGGUAGAUCUAAUACCAAGACAGCUUAGAGUUGUUAAUACUAGAAGUCAGCUUCACCAGGCAUUACGACAACCUAAUUCCAAUAUAUUCAUGACAGUUAACUCUGGUGCCGAUCACCCCAUUAUAGCUAUAGGCAGACAAGCACCAAGGAAUUAUUCGAUAGUAUUAUUUGACGAUCUAGCUAGUCUGGAGCA